AUGCAGAAGAUUGAUGAUGACGAUCAUCACUUACAAGAUGUCAAAAAUGAGCCAGAACAAAGAACCGAAUGGUCUUCUUGGAUUGAAUUUUUCCUUUCUUGUGUAGGCUAUGCUGUAGGCAUUGGUAAUAUCGCGCGAUUUCCUUACUUGUGUUAUAAGAAUGGAGGUGGUAAUUCAUUACUCCAUCGUAUUUUCACACUAACUAGGCAAUGUAUUACCUUUUUCGUAAAUUAUCACACAAUUCAUAAAGGAUAUUCUGGAAAAAUUGUUAUUACAUUCUACUUUAUCGUUACUUAUUUAGGUCUAGGCUACGCCAUGAUGGUCAUUUCUGGUUGGGUAGCAAUUUAUUAUAAUAUGCUGAUUGCAUGGAGUUUGUACUAUCUUUACAGCAGUUUUGCUCCUGUGUUGCCUUGGUCAACUUGCAAUAACACUUACAAUUCACCAUACUGUUUUGUCGAUGUUCCAAAAAAUGGAUCACUAUACAACAUCCCAGCCAUAGGAGAAUUCCUAAAUUUCAAGGUUUUAGAAUUGGACCUAUCUUUUCAAAUUAGUUUUGCUCUACUACCCCAUUUGGUUGUAUGCUUGCUAAUUGCUUGGAUAAUUACCUACUUUUCUAUGUUUAUGGGGGUCAAGUCAUCUGGGAAGGUUGUUUAUUUCACUGCUACUUUCCCCUACAUUGUAUUGAUCGCUUUCCUAAUACGCGGCGUAACGUUGCCUGGAGCUGUCAAAGGGAUAGAAUAUUAUAUCGUACCAAAUUUCACGAAACUGGCCCAUGCAGAUCCCUGGGUAGAUGCUGUCGGCCAGAUAUUCUAUUCUUAUGGAAUUGGUUUUGGUUCACUUAUUGCUAUGGGAAGCUAUAAUAAAUUUAAUAACCGAAUUCAGAGAGAUGCAUUUUAUGUUAUCCUAGCGAAUAGUGGCACUAGCAUCUUUGCUGGUUUCGUGGUGUUUGCUAUAUUGGGAUUUCUAGCUGAAAUUACAAAUACGCCAGUAGCUGGUGUUGUAACGGAAGGUAUCGCUUUAGCUUUGGUUGCCUAUCCACAAGCGAUCGCCAAAUUGCCUAGUCCUCAUGUUUGGGCUAUAAUAUUUUUCAUAAUGCUUAUGACUCUAGGCAUGGAUAGUAUGUUCGGAAUGAUUGAAGCUGUAUCUACUGGCAUCAGUGAUCGAGUAAAAAAUAGAAUAACGAAGCGUAAACCAUUAAUGGUUUUAAUUAUUUGCAUCUGUUUCUUCUUGAUUGGCUUAAUAUGUGCGACGAAGGCAAGUGUCUUUGUCGUUUCAAUUAUGGACAAGUAUUGUGGAGGUCGAUCUUUAAUGCUUGUGGUACUGCUAGAGACAAUUGCUAUUUCAUGGGUUUACGGAGCGAAUAAAUUUUCAGAAAACAUAGAAGAGAUGACUGGUAGUCGAGUCUUUAUUGGUUGGAAAUUUUGCUGGAUGUUUUUAUGUCCCGCUUGCUUAUUGGUUGUAUUCGUGCUUAGCAUAGUUCAAGAUCAGCCACUGUCAUAUGCUGGAGUUCCCUUCCCAGGAUGGACACUCUAUGCUGGAGUUGGCUUGUCGUUAACUUCUUUUCUAUUUGUUCCUAUUGUGGCCAUAUAUCGAAUCAUUAAAGAAAAUGGAUCAUUCUCUGAGGUACCAUAA